AAACACGAGGAAGACAGACCGGAAGUGUGGUAUUGAGGAAAGCGCAACAUGUAAAUCGGAAGUGGAAGAUUAUUAUGACACGGGUUGAUACGGCCAUGUAACAUUAAAAACAACUUGGAUGUUGUUUUUAUUCUUUUAACUGUGCUUCUGUCCUGACAUGGCUGCCGCCAACCCUCCUGGGCAACAAGGCUUUCCCACCAAGACCCGAGUAGCCAUCCUGGCGGAGCUGGACAAGGAGAAGCGGCGGCUGUUGCAGACGCAGUCCAUGAGCGACCCCGGAGCCAACACUCCUCUGUCCUCCGGCAGAAGCAACGCCAAGGAGACGAGGGACAGCGCGGAACAGCAGCACAUCGCCGCCCAGCAGAAGGCCGCCCUGCAGCACGCACACGGCCACUCGUCAGGCUUCUUCAUCACGCAGGACUCAUCGUUUGGCAACCUCAUCCUUCCGGUGCUUCCACGCUUGGAGCCUGACUUUUAAUCACCCACAAUCCUGUGGACACUCGGAACUCAUAGCAUCAGAUUGUCACAAUAUCUUUGUGACAUUGACAUUUCAUCUGCAUAUGACACAGGAAUAAAUCAUGUUAUAAACAA